CAGCAGCCCUCGCUUGACGGCCAGAAAGCCGGAAGCCGCUGCCACCGCCGCCGCCGUCCCCUCCCUGUCCCCUCCCGCCGGGAGCUGUCGGAGGUUGACAGGUCGAGGCAGGGAGGAGGCGGCGGCGGCGGCAGAGCCGAGGGCCCAAGACGGAGGCCUCAUGGGGAACGCUCCGAGUAACAGUAGUGAAGACGAAGCGGCAGCCGCCGGGGGCGAGGGCUGGGGCCCACAUCAGGACUGGGCCGCGGAGUCUGGCACGACCCCCGGCUCAGGCCCUGCGGCCUCGGCGCUGCCGCCCGCCGCCGCACUGCUGGAACCGGCUCGGCUGCGAGAGGCAGCGGCUGCUUUGCGGCCCGCACCGCCCUGCGAAUCGCUGGUGUCGAGGCACCAUGGCGCACUGUUGCGCUGGCUGGAAGAGCGGCUGGGCCGCGGCGAAGAGUCGGUCACCCUGGAGCAGUUCCGGGAGCUGCUGGAAGCUCGCGGCGCUGGCUGCAGCAGCGAGCAGUUCGAGGAGGCUUUUGCUCAGUUCGAUGCUGAGGGCGAUGGGACAGUUGAUGCUGAGAACAUGCUGGAGGCCCUCAAGAAUUCCAGUGGAGCCAAUCUUCAGGGGGAGCUGAGCCACGUCAUCAGGCAACUGCAAGCCUGCUCUCUUGUUCCAGGUAAAGCCCUCUUGUGAGCGCCAAGCACUCAGAGUGCUCUCUUAGAACCAAAAUAAACAUUUGCUGUACUCUGGGUUGAAAUGAAGGGAGCUUGAAGUAAGCUCCUCCAUAGAAUUCCUUGGUACAUGAUCUGAACUAAUGUUCAGUGUGAUUAUCUCCUUUUUUUCCCUCAGUGGCUGGGCAAUUCCACCAUUUUUUAUGAACCUUUGUCAGGAGGCUGCCUUCCUUAGUGGAUCUUUUUAAGAUCUUAAGAAGCCAUCCCCGGUCCUAC